AUGCGAUGGCUGCAAGUGGCGAUUGCUACUGUGCUCUUCACAUCGCUGCAGACAGGACUUUUCGUGAGGCCAGAUGUUGGGCACCGGCGACCGCGCACGCCGUGCCGGGCCGGUGACACGCUCCUAAACUGGAUCCGGGAAGCCGGUGGCGACGGGACAGUGAAACGCGAUGUAGAUGCUCGGGGCUUGCGUGGCCUCGUGGUCACGAAGCCAGCCCGGGCAGGUGACAUUCUUCUUGAGGUUCCUCUCGGGAUGACGCUGGCCGACGGCUGCGAAGGCCCUUCAGAAGGUGCUGUGGCUGCGGGGCCGCCCUGGAGCAAACAGUUGCCCUGGAACGUGCAGCUGGCUCUCGGCGUGCUCGCCAGGAGGAAAGAGCCAGACUGGUCACUGUUUCUCGACAGCUGGCCUGCUGCACCAACCCUUCCCAAAGACAUGGAGGACGAGGAUCUGGAAGAAGCUCAGGACGAGGACUUCGAAGUCAAGGCUGGCGGCACUCUCUUCUGGUUGGAGGAACGCUACGAGGACGCCUUCGCAGCCUGGGAGCAGGCCGGAGCAGCAGAUCCCAAGAUUUUCUGGAGCGAGGAGGAGUUCCGGUGGGCAAUGGCGCACGUCUGGAGCCGAUGCUGCCGCUUGGACUUGGAAGAACUCGGAGGCAUCCGGCGCCUUCUCAUCCCCCUCCUAGACAUGGGAAACCAUGACUCCGAGCCCAGCGCCGUUUUCGACCUGGGCCGCAGUGGCCGUGCGGUGUGCCUCUCUGCCACGCGAGACUUGCAGGAAGGGGACCCGGUCACCUACUCAUACGGUGAGCAUCCCAAUGAACACUUUGCCUUGUACUACGGUUUCGUCCCUGAGUCGAACCCUUAUGACCACGUCAAAGUGUCCUUGACGAAGGUGCUCCAGUGCCUGACGCUGGCGGGAUUUCCCGGUGCCGGAGACUGGGAGGCCGCCAGGAUGGAGGAGGUGGUGCGCAGCGGAGUUGCCGCCAAUAGCCUGCCGCUCCGAGCCCGGUCGCCUCCGCUGGGGCUUCUGCAGGCCCUCUUCGCGCUGCUUCCUGAAGCCUCUGAGGCGACGGUUCUCAGGGCCGUGGCCGUUGCGUGUCAGUGCCUGGAAGCGGAAUAUCCCACCACUCUGAAGGAGGACCAGGCAAUCCUUGACUCUCCUUCGAGCACAUUGGCGGAUGGCGUGUUGCUGCUGGUGAAAUUGCGCAUGGAGCGGAAGAAGCUCUUGUGCAGUCUGAGCCAGACCCUUCAGGAUCUGGCAAAGGUCUUCGAGGAGAGCCCGGAACAGGCACAGGCCCAGCUCCAGGAGCUCCUUGCGAGUGCGCAGCCAGAGGCAGAUGACGCCAUGACCUAG